AUGUAGUGUAUGAAGAUGGAAUUUACAAUUAAACACACAUGGGAUGGUUUACCUGUGAGCCAUGAGCCGGCAACCAUUUGGCUGAAGUCAAACAAUGUGGGACUGCUAAUGGAAGUUAGCGCUCCCUUCUUUAAUGACCCUCCAGCACCACUUGGAGAGCCGGGGAAACCUUUCAGUAGACUGUGGGACUAUGAGGUUGUAGAAGCAUUUUUCCUGAAUGACAGAACUGAACAAUACUUAGAAGUUGAAGUUUGUCUCCAUGGGCAGCACUUGUUGCUGCUUUCUGGCAGAAGAGCAGUAUGGAAAGAAGAACUUUCUUUAGAGUUUGAGGUGACCAGAAUGAAAACCAAAUGGGAGGGUAAAGUUCAUCUUCUGAAUUAUUUUCCACCGUGCAUUAAUAAUUUCAAUGCAUUUGCAAUUCAUGGCUCAGGAGAAGAAAGAAAAUAUGAAGCGCUUUAUCCGGUACCUCAACGUGAACUACAGGAAGGACAGAAACCAGAUUUUCAUCGUCUAGAAUUUUUUGAAGAUUUGAACUUGAAAGGACUAAUGGGAGAAGAUUGGAAGCAGCCUGAAUCAGAUAUUUGGAAAUCUCUCAAUAAUUAAAUGGAUCAAGGCGUAAAUUUUUAUAGCAUUAAGGUUGUAUGAAGCUGUAUGGAAGCAACUUCAUUCUGAGCAGAGUCUGUAAAUAUCAGAUUCCUAAGGCAUUUCCUGACAUCAAAAUCAUUGAUCAGUCUUAAAACCAACUGCAAAGUAUCUGAAUGUACAUACUAUGCAACAGCUGUGCUUCGGUUCAUCUAGGUGUGGAGUUUUUCGUAUGUGGUGAAUCUGCUCCUACCAAUGAAGGGGAGAAGUGCUAAAAAGAAGUGCUGAAAUUACAGCUGUGGUUUUGUGAGAGAUCUAGCCUGAGAAGGCCAAUAUCUGGCUUGGAAUCCUUCAGUUUCUUCUAGUUAGUCCAUUUCUGCUGUAUUUUCUUGUUUGUCAUUCUGUUGAAUGAGUCUUAUGUGCCUGAUUUUUUUUUUUUUUUUUUUUUUUUUUUUUAUUGCAAUCAGGAGAAAGAAUACCUCUUCUGGGAACAGAAAAGAAUGUUGCUAUCAUGGCAUUUGUGGCCCAGUACUUGCAUUGCAAAGUGCUGUGGAGGUAUUGCACUACUCUCUCUUACACCUUACUAUGCAAAUUUUUCCUUGCAUGGUAUUGAAGAGAAACUUAAUCUGUGUUAGUUUACUAUCAGACUUCUCUCCUUCAAAUUCAAUGUGGAAUUUCUAAUGAUAUUUACGUAUGGACAGUAGAUCUACAAAAGAUUUCAUGUAUUCCAGGAAAAGUGUCUGGGACAAAUAAUGUUUAGUAUAACCUUUUGAUGUACCUACAAAA